AUGGACCAUGCCAGAGCAGCAAUCUCUAACUUGUUUGGUGGUGAGCCGAUGUCGUACACACGCUUCAGUAUUGCCCGGCAAACAGAUGGAGAAAACAGCCAUGUGGAGAUGAAGCUGUCUGCUGAUGAUGAGGAAGGAGGGGAAAUUGGGAGACCAGAGCACCCGCAUGCCAGCACGCCUCCUCUAUUGAGGAUUGGCAAGAAACUCUGCUUCACAGUCGUCGUAGCUGUCAUCUUCCUUUUUGAAAUACCUGUUCUGUUCAUAGGGUUUUUGAUCGGCUACUUUGCUUAUUGUGGAUCAGCACAGAAGGCUAGCGGGUGUCUGGAUGGAAGUGGCAAGUGUGAGAUGACUCCUACCGCAUCUUACUUAGUGGAUGGUGAUGGAACUGAUGAAGAAGAGGUUCCUGGACCACCUGUCUUAUACUGGCCUGAGCUCAGAGCCCUGUUGUCAAAUAAGCUGUCAGGCAGACGUCUUGAGGACAACCUGAGGCAAAGAGCAAAUAAGUACUCUUUCGAAGCUGGCCAGAGUGAAGAUGAGAGCAUUGCCAGUUACAUUCAUGACCAGUUCACCAGCUUCCGCUUGGAUGAAGUGUGGAAUGAUGAGCACUAUGUCAAGCUGCAGGUCAAAGGCAGUAGCAACAACAAAGUAUCUGUCCUGAAAGAUGGUGAAGAGGAGGAACUGGAGAGUCCCGAUGCAUAUGUGGCAUACAGCAAGAGUGGCUCAGUUGUUGGCAAGCCAGUCCAUGUCAACUACGGACUGAAAGCUGAUUUUGAGAAGAUACAGAAGCUGGGUGUUUCACUGAAUGGGACUAUAAUCAUCCUCAGAGCUGGAAAAAUAACCCUUGCUGAGAAGGUAAGCAGUCUGCCCCAAAGCCUGGCCAAAGUUGACAGCAGGAGGCUAUGCUUCCUCAUCUUUGAUGCACAGAUGCAUGUCUUCAUUCAGGUCUCUAGAACUCAU